UAAGGAGAACAAACCAAACGAAAUCGAAGAUGUGGACUACAUAAAGUCGAGACAAACACAAACAGAACAAUUAACCAUGUCACUUAAUGAUGACCUCUCCGGAUACAUAAAUAGCAGCAAAUUUUUUAUCCACCUGUGUGCCUUCUACAUUCAUAACGAUGAAAAAAAAAAAUUCCUCCAAUUAAUAAAAAAAGUUAUGAAUUACACCUUUGGCUAUGAGGAUCUAUUCAUCCUUUUCUACUUAAUGUGCAGAGUCAAUUACAAAAACAUGUUCAUCCUUCGGAAGGUCCUAACCGUUCUUGAAAUAUACUACUUCAAAAUUGACAACGAAUUUGAUUAUGAUCUGUCGAAGGUACUCUUUGCCCCCCACACCAAUUUACACUCCGCCAUAAAUAACCUUCCUUUGAUUUAUAAAAUAAAGUUGGUUAAUAUGGACAGGGGUUCUGCCACUGGAGGGGAUCCCCCCCAUGGAGAGGAUUCCAUGGUGGAUAAUGUCAAACGAAGUGAUACCACCCAAGAAGGUGAUAAGGAGCAAAUGCACUCCUCCGUUGAGGAAGACUCACAGAGGAAGGACGAUCCCAUGUUGCAACAUAUAAACGAUGCAGAGGCAGAGAAUGUACUCGAAAAUUUGCAAGAUGUAGACAUGGAGCAAUACGAAAAGGAGGUCUCUAAAGAUAGCGUGCAGUUUAUUAACCUAAACGUGAAGAAGGAAAAGCGGAAAAUAAAAGUCAGGGAGGGGAAACAUCAGGGGCUCAAAUUAAAAGGCACGCUGUUAACUCAGAUAAAAAACGAGGUGGGAAAAAUGAUGGGAGAAAGCGUCCACGCGGGCGAAGCAGACGAAGCAGAGGAAGCAAACGAAGCAGAGGAAGCAGACGAACCAAACGGAGCAAUCGCAGCAACCGAAGCAUUCGUCUCAGGGGGAGCGGAGGUCGAGCGAAACAUGUUCCAAAUGAAGGAAGUACUAACCAUUUUUAUCCACGACAAAGAGCUGGCACGCAAAAAUUUGUAUAUCCACGACUUGAUUGACGACGUCGUGAAGUACUUCGUCGCCCAAGAGAGGACCCCUCUUCUCCGCAGGAACAUACUAACUCUGCUCGCUUUCAUGGACGCGCAGAACUACUACACGGAUAAGAAGUUAAACCGGGCAGUUGAACGUGCCCUGGGGGGGUGCAUCGCAAGCAUGAACGAGUGGUCCGAGCAGGGCAUAUACGACUUUAUAAAUGGAGUGACGAAGGAGGAUAGACCAGGCAGUGGCGUCUUCCAUAGUGGUGUGUAUCCUCCCCACGACUCGCUUGCCUUCCUAUACGACCAGCAAUACACGUACAACUUUGCCCUAUAUGAGGAAGACGCCCCAUAUCGAAAUAAGUUCCACCACGCAACAAACAAAUUGUUGAAAAAUUUUUUCUUCCUCAUCAGCUACAUGCUAAGAAUGCCAUUUUUGAAGUUCCACAUUUUGAAGUCCUAUUUAAAUUCGUUUAACUUCUUUUUGGAUAUAUUUAUAAAAAACGAAAACGUGUGUAGCUCCCUCGACAUUGCAGAGAUUUCUUUCAUUUGCGAAAGUUUUAUGCGACGAAAAAUUGUGGACUUAAACAUAACACACAAAAUGCUUCAUCUCGUGCGACAAGCAGUUGGAAAGUGUGAGAAGUUCCACCAAGCUCAAGGAAAUGACCCACAUAUGAUGAACGAUGCUCAUGUUGGGGGGAUAAUAGCUACCUCCCCGAUUUACCUCAAUGACAUUUUAUCCAUCCUGCACUUCCUCCACUUUUACAAUCUCACUACGGAUCAGCUGCACUUACAACUGCUUGUGAUAUGUCUCAGCAAUUUUCUAUACCUAAACGAUACGCAAAAAUUCAUACUCUUUAACUGUGUAGAGGCCCUGCGAAGGAGGACCCCCAAUCAGAUCCGUACGAACAUACUGAAUUACUUCAUGUAUGAAAAAAAUUUGGACAUAUUUUUGGAUCGCAAUCAAAAUGUGCAGAGGGAGUCAUUAGGCUUGUUGUUCGUUAAUUA